AUGCUAUUACAGCAUGCGACAUCGGAAGAUGUUUUCCGUUGCUCUGCGGCAACCUUUGUUCAAGGCGUGCUUUUGUCUGCCAACAUCAAAUCUCUCACCAUCAUUGGACCCUGCAAGUACUCACCAGGAUCGACCUGCUAUUCUGUGAUACCUGGAAGUUUCACUUCCGUAAACGUUGACCUGAUAAUCAUUUCCCUAUCAAAAGAGUUGAUGGCGAAGCAUCUGGACCCUUUUCUCAGAAAGGAGCCUUUUGUCUCGGUGUCCUUAGCUUCAUUGAAUACUUCUGCGGUAGUGCCGAAGCAGCGUUUGCCUCGUGGAUUUUGA